GGGAAACUUGUGGAAGGCUGAUACGUGGACGGGCUCCGCUGCGCAGCUUUUUUUUUUUUCAGUUAGAUUUUUCAGGCAAGCGCUUGCCGCAGGCGUCAUCGCAGUCCUCCAACGAGGGGGCUUCACUCCGAGUGGCGUCAGAUAGCAAAAUGUGGCGACUGCCUUUGCGCUCGCGCGUCUAUAAUUAGAGCGCGCGACAAGCUCGCAAGACCUUGUCCGAAGGCGAAGGCCCAGCGGAGGGGUCCCGCCGUUGGCUCAGGGGUCGUGUUUUCGUGAAAAAAGAAACUGCGCGACACGGGGCGUCUUAGUUGCGCAGUUUCACCGCCGCCUGUUUAUCGAGAGACUUCCUGCAGGAGCUCCUCUGCGGCCGCCGUAUUGUUCCCGGUAACGGCUUUGGUUCCGACGUCUGGUCGCGCACGCAUGCACCUUUCUAGCGGCUAUGCAAAGGCGCGUUGACACUACGACGACAGUCGGCCGAUUUUGGUCUGCCGACUCAGCGACAUCUUUAAAGUGCCUGUUUCGUGGCUCGACGUGGCAUGCCCUCUACCGGAACACGGAGGACGAUGGCUUCGGCCCCGAUGACCGCUGCCUCAGGGACACCCAGACGAGCGAGUUGGCCGCCGGAAGCGCCCGCGUUCGUUUCCGCUACGGCACUGGUCAAGAAUGGAACGGAACGACGCGGUUCAUGGAGCCCGGAGGCCAGAUCAGCCCUAACACCCUCAAGAGCCUUCUCGAUGGAGGAUCCGAGGUGUCCUGGUUCGAUGUCCUGUUCGUGAAUUGCAAUCACUGCAAAGUCAUGAAAAGAGGAGGAGUUCCCGAUGCGCAAUGCUCGCUGUGGGUGCGCCAGGCGGCUCUGCGGCGAGGCGUGCCUCCGUAUUGCCAUUUUGUGUACGACCUGCUCUGCGGUUCUUCGCCCAAGUACCAGAUAUCGGACACCGGCUGCCUCUGUGAAGACUCCAAACUGGCCCAUUGUUAAUCCAACGGCAUCGACAAGUGGUCAACCACCGCGCAGGAGCUGAUCGACGAUGGCGAGACUGCAUCCAACUGCUACGGGUUGUGAAGACAGUCUUGGGAAUUGUUUAUUUAAGUUCCAGUGCGUUGCGUAUUUCUGUACGUGCGCGGGCUGUCACGCGCACUUUAGGUAGCGCGCUUUCUUGUGGCAACUGCUUGCAUUCCUCUUUUUUUAGCGUUGCGAUUAAACUGCAAUCCUUUGAAA